AUGGCUGCUUUCAUAGUCGACAAUCUGGCCCGCGAGCGAGCGAGCGAUUUGGGGCGACGCUUGCCCGCGAUAUCGACCAAAGCAAGAACCUGUAACUACAACAGUCACGAGAUGAACUUCUUCUCAAUAUUUCUGUCGCUGGUUACUUUCAUAAAUUUAAUGGAGAGUGCAAAAUUCAAGUUUUACGUCUGGAGGGACACCCAGAAGUGCGCUGCCGGCACUUCACCCAGAAAGUCUUCACUUCGAAUUCGCAGAGUUUACUCGGUAUUUUUUGACAAGAGAACCAGGCAAAUCUUGAAAAUUAAGCGAUAUAGACAUCAUCCUCAUGAUGCCAUAGUCUCGCUCUUAAAUGAAGAGUACAAUGGAGACAUGACAAACGUUGGCCUUGGAAUUUACCUUGGCUUUGCACGCUCUAAGGAAUUUCGCAGCAAUGAAAGUCCUACCACUAAUCAUAAAUUGGAAAAGGAUAUUUCGGAUGAUAGAAUUCCACUUGUGAAGCCCGGUACUGGAAGUGACUUCUCUGAAAUGUACCACGAUGCUCCAGUCAUGCUAAAAAUUCAUUUUGUGGAGGUGAAGAAAACAGGAGCAGAGGAAAACUAUGCGUUAUUCGUGGCCAACAGCUGUUCUGAAAGUAAAAAAUGGAUUGCUAACGAAGGUUAUUACCGACUUGAUACCAAUAACGGAGAGUUCAUACCUAUUUACUAUGAUCCCAUUGAAUCAGACUUUUACUACUGA